AUGGAGGCUUUUAAAGACUUUUGGGAUGACUGUAAUCUUUCGGACUUGGGUUGUAAUGGCCUUAGGUUUACUUGGUCCAAUAUGAGGAGAACUGCUCUCCAGCUUAACCCUCCUUGGGUUCUUCUCCCGAAUAAGACCUUUAAACUUGAGCCUAUGUGGUACCUUAAAUCAUCCUUCAAGUCUCUUGUAAAUAAUGCUUGGUCCUCUAACUCUUAUACCUUUCUUGUGAACCUCAAAAGUUUGUCUCAACAAAUUGGUUCCUGGGAUGAAUCUUCCUUUGGUAACAUCUUUAUGGAAAAAUCCCUUCUUACGAAAAUAAUUUCAGGCAUUGAAAAGACCGUAGAAUCCCACCCAAACUUUAGUAACCUCUGGAGCCAUUUCAAAUAUAUUCAUUCUGACCUGGACUCUAUCCUCCUCAAAGAGGAAGAGUUCUGGAGAACUAGAGCUAGGGAUUCCUUGCUUCAAGGGGGUGACAACAAUACCACCUUCUUUCACCAAUCUGUUCUUAUUAGAAGAAAAAGGAAUAGGAUGGACUCCAUCCAUGACCCACAACGACAAGAUCAUCUCAACCCGGACGAAAUCAACCCGGAGAUUAACUACACAUAUCUGGCUCUUAUCCCUAAAACUAAUCUUCCUUCCUCUCCAAACCAAUUCCGCCCUAUCAGCCUCUGCAACUCGGUUUAUAAGAUCAUCUCAAAGAUCCUGGUAGCAAGGAUUCGUCCUUCCCUUCAUUCCCUUAUCUCUCCCUUCCAAAAUAGCUUCUUGCUUGGAAAGGGGACUAAUGUCAACUAUCUUGCCUUGAAAAUUGACCUCAAAAAAGCCUAUGAUAGCAUUGAAUGGAGCUUUAUUAGAGACUCUCUCCUCCACCAUGGAUUUGAUGAGUUAUCUUGUAAGCUUAUUAUGAGUUGUGUUUCAUCCUCUACUAUCUCUGUUCUCAUUAAUGGGUUUCCUACUGCUCCUUUUUCCCCUUCAAGAGGGAUCCGGCAAGCUGACCUAAUAUCCCUCUACUUGUUCAUCCUCUGCAUGGAAGCUCUAUCUAGGAAGAUCGAGCUUGUUGUAGAAUGGGGGCAGUGGAAACCCUUUUCCCUUAAAGGCAAUAAAGCUUCUAUUUCCCAUCUCAUGUUCACAGACGACCUUCUUCUCUUUGGAGUAGCAGACAUUAACACAAUCUUAUUUGUUAAAGAAGUUUUCCAGGAAUUUAGUUCUGAGUCAGGGUUGUCUGCUAACCCUUAG